UUAAUGAAUGUACAGACUUGUGUACUCCUUAUCCUAAGUGGGCUGGGAAACCUACUAUAAAUUUAAGAAGUAUAAAACCUCCUAUAAUUGACGUAGUAUAAAAAAGUUAACCUUAAAAGUCAUCCUUGUUAUUCUACCUCUAUAAGGGAGAGAGAGAGAGAGAGAGAGAGAGAGAGAGAGAGGGAGAGAAAGAAUGGCGGACCAGGAGGCUGGUAGGGUUCGAUGCCAGCGAAUUGGAUGCACAGCAAUCUUCUCGGAGGACGAUAAUCCUGAAGGUUGCUGUCAAUACCAUGACGGUGCGCCAAUAUUUCAUGACGGGAUGAAAGAGUGGAGCUGUUGCAUGAGAAGGAGUCAUGAUUUCAGCUUAUUUUUAGAAAUUCCAGGAUGUAAGAAGGGUAAGCACACACCAGAAAAGCCAGUGCUUCUGGCUAAUCCCAAGAAGGUUGUGUCUCCAACACAAUUAGCAACUAAUUCAAUAUCAUCAUCCAAAGAUUAUUCUUGUACUAGGUGCCGACAAGGAUUUUUCUGCUCGGAUCAUGGUUCUCAAGCCAAACAAAUAAAUGCGACGCCUGCAAACUCCGUCGCAAACAAUAAUAUACAAGUCGUUGAAGACAUAGCUUCUGCUCCACAUAAAAAGUAUAUCGUCGAUAUAAACCAGACCCAGACAUGUAGAAAUAAGGGAUGUCGCCAAACAUUCAAAGAAAAAGAUAAUCACGCGACUGCCUGCAAUUACCAUCCAGGGCCUGCUGUUUUCCAUGACCGAAUGAAAAGGUGGAAUUGUUGCAACAUUCAUGUAAAGGAAUUCGAUGAGUUUAUGAGCAUUCCUCCUUGCACCGAGGGAUGGCACAAUGCUGAUGCGCUAUCUUGAACAACAAAAG